GCCAUCGCCCGAGAACACUGCUACCAUGUCAGGCCGGCCACAUCGCAGACGACGAACUGAGGUUGCCUGUUCGGAAUGCCGAUACAGGAAGCUAAAGUGUGAGGGAACAAGGCCGGUGUGUGCGCGAUGUCAGCAUAGGAGAAGAGAAUGCAGGUAUCAGCAGCCUAUAGAGUCUGGUAUUCGACGUCCAAAGGCUAAGAGAGACCAGCAGGACUUGGCUCGCAGGGUUGAACUCCUGGAGGAUAAAGUUGGUCAUGGAACUGGAUCGCAAACACAUUCACCGAGUUUAUUACUUGGGAAAACAGUGAGCGAAGAUACGAGUGUCGAUGAGCUUGCCACACAUGCAUUCUCUGAGACAUCCCUUGGUCAUGUCUACUUUGGGUCUAGUUCAAACUACGCCAUAUUUAGACACAUUUCAAACGCAUUCGCAGAAAGCGCUCUCCUACACCUCACGCUAAGCAGCCAUGGAUCUCCCGCUAUUCAAAGCUGUAGCAUAACAGAAGGAAAACAGAAGUCAACUAGAAAGGAACCGUCAUUAGUAAAGCAGUUUUCAAUACCUCUGGAAGAUAUACACGCCCUUCCGUCUAGGGAUGAGGCACUGCAUCUUAUUAGUCGCUUUUCCACAACAAUCGGUGCCAUUCUUCAAUAUGUCAACUAUGAGACUUUGUUAGACACCUAUGAGAAAGCCCUCCUUGAAAGGCCCCCAAAGUUCCAAAGGGGCUUUUUAGCUCUUCUGAAUAUGGUUUGGGCACAUGCAUCUGCGUCCUUACAGCUGCCGGAAGCAGAGGUAUUCUACAGCCAUUGCGCAGGUCUUCUCGACCAGCGAACACUGGAGAGACCAACAUUCGAACUAGUACAGACAUUACUUCUGAAGUCCCUCUACGAGCAGAACCAUCAGAGAUCUACAUUGAGUUAUACAACCCAUGCAAACUGUGUUAGAGCGUCAUUGCAGAUGGGCUUUCAUUGUGCCUCUGUUCGGGAUGCUCAAGGACAUACAUCUGACAGCCUGUAUCGAAAGUUGUGGUUGGGGGUUUUGAACAAUGAUAGAGUUAUGGGCUUGACCCAAGGGAGGCCACUCCUUAUACCUUACGCUAUUGGAAAGACCUGCAAAAUAAAACAGCCCGCAAUACCAGGGGAUAUAGGUUCCCUUUAUCUGUUCCAGAUGACAUCCUCUAACUCAAUCCUGCACGACAUAAUCGCAACACUGUACGAUCAAAAUUUGGACUCGGGCCAAUCUCUCAAUAUGCAGACAGCCAUCAACAAGCGUGAUAAUCUACACUUCCAGCUCGAACAAUGGGCCGACAGCCUUCCUAAGAGCAUUUCCCUGCUCCCGAGUGGAAGGCUAAUAGACCAAUCAGCGGUUCCAGAUUCUCGCUGGGCCGUACGAUUACUCCUAUGCAUACAAUACCAUAGGCUGGAAUUGACCACGAACUUCCCUCUAAUGAUGAGAAUCUUAGAGCCCGACUCAAUGAACUCACUUGGAAAGCGUACCCGGGAAAAUAUUCAGCGCAGUUUCUCCCAAAUCCUCAAGGAUGACUGGUUCGCAGUACGAGAAGUGCAGCGUUUAAUAUCCCACAUUUCCACACUCCAGGGAUGUAUUGACAUGUACGCAUCAUGGUACACAUGCAACUACACAAUAUUCACAGCCCUCCUCCACUGCCUAGCACUAUUCCUCCUCCGCCAGCAAUACCCAUUAGAUUCGGAGCCGACGCCACCCCAAAUACGCCAGGAAAUAGAAGCCUGCCUCCACACAAUGAGAAUUAUCAGUAGAGGAAGCAUCGUGAACCAGAAGGCGGACUACUGUAUCCAAAGUUUACUUGUGGUGUUUGACGCCCUUGUCAACAAUCCUCAUGAGAAUACAAGUAAUCCAUUAGACACAUUGACCACCGAAUUUAUUUUCCAACAUAUCAAGCUCCCAACAGAGGAAUUUCUCAACCAAUGUAGUCGGCACGAAGAGUCAGAGCAGGCGCAAUUGUUUUUGGAUAUCUUUUCGAGCAUUCCGCUUUGUGAAUGA